AUGAAACAGUUGAAAAGAAGCACUUACAUGAUCAGGGUCAUGAAAUUGAUUGACAUACACAGAAUUCAUUGUUUGUGCGAAUCAACCAUUUAAUUAAUUCUCUAAGAGAUAACAUCAAAAUGUGUUAGCUACUCAUAAUUAAAUAAUACGACAAUGGCUCAAUGAGAUAUAACAACAUUUAAAUUUUAAGUUUUUAAAAAACAAAGAUGGCGCUUACCUGCUCUUCUCCAACAUCGGUUUCUAAUGGAUUUUACGUGAUAGCAAAAGUGACCUACCAGAGCGGGGAUUACGUGGCUUAUUACUGUAAGAUGGGGUAUGAACUGGACGGGAAUCAGAUCAGAUGGUGUGAUGGAGCUUCAGGGGCCUGGAACGGAACGACCCCAAAAUGUACACAAGUGACAACAACCACCAUUAUCACAACAACAGCCGAGUCUACUUCUCAGAUCUCAGGUUCGUGAAUAUAUGACUGAAACAGUUGCACAAUAAAUGAAAUCAUUAUUAUAAAAUUUUGCUUGUAUU